GGGGGAGCGGGGCCGCCCGUGACAGCGCGGCCGCGCCGUACCCCCGGCAGCCCCGGCGGGGCCUCCGCUGCGCCGCCCGCCGUGUCGGCAAAGGGGGCAAGAAGUUUUGAGACGUUGCAACCUCAGAAGAAAAAAGGAAAACAGCAGCACGCCAGCCCCAUUUCCUCCCCAGUGCAUGUUACCAUUAACGUUACAGUAGGGCCGUACACCUGCAACUCAGACAGCCAUGGAGAAGAGUGGGAACAUUCAGCUGGAGAUUCCUGACUUCAGUAACUCUGUCCUGAGCCACCUGAACCAGCUGCGCAUGCAGGGUCGCCUGUGUGACAUCGUGGUCAACGUGCAGGGGCAAGCUUUCCGCGCUCACAAGGUGGUGCUGGCUGCCAGCUCGCCCUAUUUCCGUGACCACAUGUCCUUGAACGAAAUGAGCACGGUUUCAAUUUCUGUCAUCAAGAACCCUUCUGUUUUUGAGCAGCUCCUUUCUUUUUGCUACACCGGUCGGAUAUGUCUGCAGCUGGCUGACAUCAUAAGUUACCUAACGGCCGCCAGUUUCUUGCAGAUGCAGCACAUCAUAGACAAAUGCACGCAGAUUCUCGAGGGAAUUCAUUUCAAAAUCAACGUGGCGGAGGUGGAAGCAGAAUUGAGCCAGACCAGGACGAAACAUCAGGAGAGACCCCCAGAGUCUCACCGGGUGACGCCAAAUCUGAACCGUUCCCUGAGCCCCCGUCACAACACCCUGAAAGGGAGCCGCCUGGGCCAGGUUAGCACAGUGCUGGACAUUCGGGAGCUCAGCCCACCGGCAGAAUCCACCAGCCCUCAGAUAAUCGAGCAGAGCUCGGACGUGGAAAGCAGGGAACCCAUCCUGAGGAUUAACAGAGCGGGACAGUGGUAUGUUGAGACAGGAGUGGGAGACCGCGGGGGACGGAACGACGAUGACGUCCGGGUGCUGGGAGGAGUGCGCAUUAAAACGGAGAACCUGGAGGAGUGGCUGGGGACAGAGAAUCAGCCGUCAGGAGAAGAUGGCAGCAGUGCUGAGGAGGUCACUGCUAUGGUCAUCGACACCACGGGCCAUGGAUCAAUAAGCCAAGAGACUUACACGUUAGGGUCCUCCGGGGCCAAAGUGGUGAGGCCGACCAGCAGUGAGAUUGACAGAUUUAGCCCUUCUGGCAGCACGGUUGCUGUGACUGAGCGGUACAGAUCAAAAAGCGAGUCUCCCGGGCGGAUGGAUGAGCCCAAGCAGCCCAGUUCCCAGGGGGAGGAAUCUGCCAUGAUUGGAGUGAGUGGUUACGUGGAAUAUCUCCGGGAGCAGGAAGUGUCAGAGCGCUGGUUCCGGUACAACCCACGGCUCACCUGCAUUUACUGUGCCAAAUCCUUCAACCAGAAGGGCAGCCUGGACCGGCACAUGCGUCUGCACAUGGGCAUCACCCCUUUUGUCUGCCGCAUGUGUGGGAAGAAAUACACCCGCAAGGAUCAGCUGGAGUAUCACAUCCGCAAGCACACGGGCAACAAGCCCUUUCAUUGCCACGUCUGCGGCAAGAGCUUCCCUUUCCAGGCCAUCCUCAACCAGCACUUUCGCAAGAACCACCCGGGCUGCGUGCCUCUGGAGGGGCCUCACAGCAUUUCCCCCGAGACCACGGUCACGUCCCGGGGGCAGGCGGAGGAGGAGUCCCCCCCCCAGGAGGAAGCUGUCGCUGUGGGGGAGACGGCACAGGGAUCUGUGUCCACUACUGGGCCGGAUUGAAGCGCGGCUGUGGAGUCUGGGGAGAAAGGACCGUCUUCCCACUCGGGCUCUGGAGUCAGCACCAACCUCACAGGCUGGUACUGUAAUUAGUGCAAUGCCACCACCGGACAGAAAGAAGCUCCCAAGAUGUUGCCAAAACAGAAAAAUCUCUCUCUCUCUCUCUUUCUCUCACACCCACACACACACACACACGCUCAGAGUGUUAAACGUUUUUCCCCUUUAUUCCUCCUGGGGAGAAACAAGACAACUGUGUCAAUCAUCUUCUUAUUCAGGGAUCGACAGGAUUUUAAAUUUUUGUAAUGUUUAAUAGUGAUCCAGGACAACAGUCACUUUUAUUUCUCAGCAGCAUUGUGGCCCAGCAGGUGAGCCAGGCUGCUCCUCGCCAUAGCCAACAGCGAGGGGAGAGCAGGGCAAGGGGCAGUCGCCUUUCUCCCUUUCCCAGGUAGCUGCCACGUUAAAGAAAUCAGACUGUCCUGGUGGAACCUGCCUUGCCUCACCGUAUUUAUCCCUGUCUUAUUUUUGGUGUGUCUCUUUUUACAUUUCUACUCCAACUAUUAUUUUAGGGCUUUUGGCUUGCCCGUCCCAGGUGCGUGGCCUCCAGCCCUUUGUUAAGAGAGGGCACGGCUGUAAAGCGGUAUUCAUUCCUAGAGGUCAGCAAAAUUGGAAGCUCUUCGGCUACUGAAAGUGAGAUUUAGCAGCUGUGAGGUUCGCAUUACUCUUAAUGUGUUGGAAGAAGGUUUGGAGGGGUCUUUUGGGGAGAGACGUCUUUUGAUCGGGACAGGUCAGGGCACUCUGACUUCAGAUCCGUGCACUGCCGUGCUUUGGCUGUUGCCAAGCUUUAGGAAGAGGUUUGUGGACUGGCUGAACAGAGGAGUUAGAGGCUGGCUACCAAAGUCGUCCUUCAUCCCAGCUCUCCCUUGACACGCACUUGAUAUUUUAUAACAGCAAUAUGGUUUACUGAGAUACUAUAAUCCCAGCCAAGCAAUCAUGGGUGGUUGCUUUUAAACUUGUUUCUACAAACUAAUUUGAUAAGUUUUUUAUCAAUGAAACGCAAAAAGAAAACCUUACUUUAUUUCCUUCGAAGGAAUUUGGGAAACUUCAUGGUUCCCAGAGCAAUCACAACUCUGUCCCCUUGCAUGGACUUCAAGUUCUAAGCAGUUCUGACGUUUAGAGCCAGUUUAGCAAACCCAGAGAGACAUGCCUGCAUUGAGUAUUGUAGGUGUUUGCACGUGCUUACGUGUUUCAUAAAUGGAAAAGCAUGGGACAGGUAGAGAAGUGCAAAUAUCUGACAUCUUUUGAAGAAGUCUUCUUUUUAAAAAUAUGCAAUACUUUAAGAGUUUUCUUCAGUUCUGGUGCCGAAUUGUUCACGAUGGAGGGGGAAAUGAGCGACAUGUUGUGCAGAUUGGGUUUGGAAGAGGACGUUUGUUUGAAGGGAUUCUCUGGAGGAUGUCUAAUGUGUAUAAUAAGGAAGGAUGAGGUUCUGAUCUUUAAGAUGAUGGGAGGAACAAUGAGACAUUGAAAAAGAAACAUUCCAUCCUGCUUUCACAAAGGAAGCCGGGCGAGCGAUUACAGCGUGGGCUUGGCAGGCGGCAGGCUUCCCAAGUGAAACUGCAGCUUGUCCUGUCGUCCUGCUGUCUGACUGCACCCUGGUGGGCAUGGGGAGCACCCCCUGGCCCUGCUCUCCCCAAUCCAGAUUGGGACUCGUGAUCAUUUUCCUACCUCCUUAAAGGCAAGAAUUUGGGGAAGAGGGAAGCACUCUUACCUCGCUUCUGCUCUGUGCAGGUGAGGGGUCUCACUGUUCCUCCCACGUCUCUCAGAAGGCAGACGUGGCUCUAAUGAAUGUUUUCUGUGUGCGGGGGAGGGAAGGGCUUGGUGUUCAUCAGCUGUACUGGGAAUGUGCUCCUCAGAGGAACCUCGGCUAGUGUUCUGAGCAGGGAGCCCGCAGAGUACAAGUUCACUGAGCAUUUCGGACAGGAAAACUGAUAUCUCACCUCCAUUUUCCUUCCUCUCCUUCUUCCUCUCUUGUCAAGUGCAUCAUCACGUGGGGAGUGACUCUCUUAGCAGCCACCCCAUUCGGUUUCCUAUCAGAGGUCAAGCAGUGCGGUCGCCGGAGAGCAGUGACAACAGAUGAGAGCUCAGAGGGUGGCUGAGGCAGGUUGUGUUGCAAUCGAGGUGUGUGAGGAGUGGAGAUAUGCAGAGUAUGCUGCUUUAGUCAUAGCUUUUGAAGUUACCAAAAAUCAUUAAGAAAAAAAAAGUUACAAACUUUGAAAUGCUAUCCUGUUCACACUAGAGAGCGUCAGAAGUUACUUUAGUUGCUUAAAAGAUUUUUAAGUGUUUUAAAAUAGAACUUUUAAAAGAAUACUACCAAACUAUAAAAACAUAAAAUUAUUUAUAUACAUAUAUUAUAUAUAAAUAUAGUGGGAAAGUUUCCCUGCUAAGCUUGCUGUGAAGAGAGGGGUGAAGGUGCAGUAACUGCUAUACAAGCAGCAUUGGUCUGAAACAGAUGGCAACCGAUCCAUCAGUGCGUAGCGAUGGAGAUGAGAUGGUGAAUGCCUUACUGCUAUGGCAUAGCUGUGAGUUUCUCAAGCAGAUUUUUGGGCUUUUUUUUUUUAAUUUUUAUUUUUUUUUACUGUAUUGAUACUGUGAAUGAAGGAGCAUCCAACAGCCCUGGGUGGAAUCCUUUCGGGCUGAUUCGCUACUUCUGAUUGGCCUGGUGAAAAUCAUUACCUUGUUCCUUCAUAUUGUUCUAGGCUAGUCUGAAAACAAAGCUUGUGAAAGGUCUUUAUUUUUUCCUCUGGGUUGUUUUGUUUUGUUUUGUUUUUCGUUUUGUUUUGUUUUAGUGCAGAGGUUGCCACUGUAUAAACGAUCAUUUCUGAUUGCAUGCAAAAGAGCCAAUAUUCUUGCCCAGGCCUCACCGAGGUGAAGUUAUAGCUUGUAGCUAGAGUCAGUAUAAGGUAUGGUAGUGGGAAUCAUUUUAAUAUUAUUUCUGUACAUUUAACGGAUGUGUAUAUGUAUGUAUGUGUGGAAAUCAUGGUGCCUCUGACAUUUUCUCGAGCAGUGCUGAAAGCAGUUGAGGCCCAUCUGCACCACGAGAGGAGAUCGGAUGGGAGGGAAUUGUUCACCUCGCUUUUCUUUCGGCGAUUGAUUCCUCAGUGCAGGCAGGGCUGCGACCGGAGAGUAAAGGGUUGGAGGUCGCGUGCGGCGUGGCCAAACCUGGGCUGAGCUUCCCAGCUUGGCAGAGCUGCUCGGUGUGGCGAUGGCGCCCUUGGUUGCGCCGAGCCCUUUGCGGUCGCACCGAAGCUGUGGAGGAACAGACGCCGGCUUUCCGUGUACGAAUGCUUCUGUGACGGGUUGAGGCACAGCUUUGUGUUUCCACGCCUAGCUGCAGCUUUUUCCCCUUUGCCAAAACUGUGAUUUCAACUGUGAUUCAAGGAGGAUGUGAAGCGAAGUGUCGUCGUGAUACCUCUGUAACUUAACAUUUCUGCCAGCUUCAGUUGGGGCUCACGAACCCGUUUGCUUGCUUGCCUCAGGCGGCAGGGGGGACGUCCUCUAUUUCUGCAGGCUUCUGUGUCAGAGGGAGAACACGUUUCUUAGCUCUUUGCUGUGGCAAAGAAACCUUCCUCAUGCCAAGUGUCACACUUCUCUCCAGCAGCCUGCAGAAAGCCCUGAGUGACAGCAGAGCAAAGCGCUUGGACGGUCCCCGCUGCCGCCAGCUUCCCUGUGAAUAGCUGUGAAAAUAAUGAGAAUUGUGUUAGUACUGUGCUGCUGCUUCGAGAAAAGCUGAGCCUUCCUCUGGGGAGGAAUGGCUGGGAGAGAGACAAGCAAAACGUCUUGCUGUUCUCCUGCAGCAGGAGCUUGGGACAGCAAGCAGGGCUGCUUCGUUCCAGCAGCUGGCGAGGGAUGAGCAAAGAGGGCUCAUGGAAUGGGAAUUCAUCACAGCAAGGUGACAGCACGCUUAGAGACACAGAAUGAGGGCCAGUGCUGGGGCAGGUCGGUGGGGCAGGCCCCGGGGCUUGUCCUGCACUGAGCUGCACCAGUGCUGUGCUCACCAUGCCAGGAAGAUUUUGAGGAUGGGAGAAAUCCAGGGGCUUUGGUUCAGGAAAUGUCUCAUGUUUUAUUUGGGCUCGGGCUCCGAGUUCCCCCAGGAGCUGAGCCAUAACCACAGCCAGAAGUUGGGGUCUUCCGUGGAGCUGUUACUGCUCUGAAAUGGUCUGAGGAGUCCUGCCAUCUCUCGCCAGCCGCUUGGUUUUGUUGCUGAAAAGCUCUCUUCUGUGGAAUAUAGGGAAAAUCAGAGGGUAUAGGAGUGCCUGAACUGAUUGGGGUGCCUGUUGGAGGAGAGGUGCCUGGAGAGGAAGGCCUGGCAGCAUCUUAUUUCUGAGCAUAGGAUUGAUUGGGUUAGUUUCAUUGUGCUAAUUGGGAACGCUGCCAUUGCGAGGAUCGAGGCUGUGAUGGAAGCAGGGCUGGGCCACGUGCUGGUCCCACACAGGUACUGGAGGUCUUCCUGCUGAUCUGAAGGUACCAGAGCUCUGUCUGCUGGGGAACUGCCACGUGGUUCCUACCAUUUCUUUGUGUCAGAUCCGACCAUGGCUUUUUUUUAGGUUGAACUAAAAGAUAUCCAACUGUAAUCUUCACUGACCUGUUUGACUUUUUAUUCCUAGGGACUGUAGAAAAUUCAGGUUUCACAUAACAUUAUCCUCAUCCCAACUGUGAACACGUUACUACUGCUUCUUAUAAUUUAUUACCUUUCCGUUCCUGAACGUCUGUGCGAUCCGGCUGUUUACCAGUGCCACCUUCCAGUGCUCCAUUAGUUUUCAUGCACAGGGAAUUGUUGCAAUGGAUAAGCUGACCAUGCUAGUUGGAAGAGUAGAAGCCUUGGCAGUGACUUUUGCUUCCUCUAGCUGUCAUUAGGGAAUGCACACACACAUACUGUAUAUACAUAUAUAUGUAUACAUAUAUAAAGUGUUUCAAUAUAAGCUCAUUUAGCAUUAUUCUUAUUUAAUUUAUAUUUUAAUCCAGUUGUAAACCAAAGUAUUACAGCUUACGAAAUGAUGUGUCUUGGAAACAGGAGGAACCGUUUGAGGUGGGAGUUCCAAAAGAUCUGUAUUGACAAAAAUACAGAUAAAGUAAGGUAUAAGAGUUUGCUCUGGCGAAUCUUAGGGAUGUGGAGCCUUGGGCAGGUUGAAGAUUUGCCAGAUAAGGUUCGAUCGAGGGGAGGCAGUGUGAGUUACUGUUUUAACGCUCUGUUUUUUUUCUCACCCAGUCUGACUUGGUGUUGGAGGAGCUGCUUCAGGAACAGUGCAGCUGGCAGAGAGGAGGCACUUCAGCUACCUUUGCUGGACGAAGCAGGACUUCCCUGCAGGGGAACUGAGGCGUGGGUUUGCUGCUCUCCCUUUUUGUUGCAGGACUGGGAGGAGUUUUUAUUGGGACAGGCUGUCCCCGUGCUGUGGCUCUGCCUCCAUCUCCCCCAGCCUGCUGUUCCAGGCUGCGGUGGGUCUGGGCUGGGAGGUUUGCACUGAGGUGGAGGAGAGCUGCGGCCAGGCGCAGUGCUGCAGGGCUCUGGCUCACGUGUGCUGUCACAGCAAUUACAGCCAUCCCUGACUGUCUUCAGGGCCUUCUGAAGGCUUCUGAACAGCCCUGAGGUACAGAGAAAUGGUUUUGUUAAACAGAAUCCAGGCUUAAAACUUGCCAUGUUCUUCAUGGCACUUAGCUGUUUUGUGGAAAACAAGUGUGUUCUGGCAAGCCCAGAAAUAAAAAGAGGGAAGGCAGCAAAUCUGAAUGUAGUCUGGCACAACCAGGAGCUAGAGAAGGGCCACACAGAGCUGCCAGUGUGUUGAGUGGCCAAUGUAGUGCUGUAGCAGCCAGGCACUUGCUGCUGACUGAUGCUGAGAGGCGCGUUUGUUUUUCAGUAACCUCUGUGGAGGGGCACAUUCUGCUGUCACCGAUGGAAAUAGGGUCAGAGAUAAAAUCUUGCUAAUCGUUCUGCACGGGGGAGUAAUUGCCUAUCCAAGGAAGGCACAAAUUCUGCAGCCAGCUCUACCACAAAGUCUCCUGCAGGCUCAGCAGCGGCCGUGCCUCCUCUCAGAGCCUCUUUUUGUAGCAGGCUGCCCUGUGUUCCUUGCACCGAGCAGCAAUGAGCUGCCCGCCCGCUGCUGCUGAUUGAAUAGGUUCCCUUCAUACUCUCCUGCAGGAUCAGUGCGUGCUCACAGCUCGGGGUGUACACACAGUACCAUUUUUAGCUCCUGAGUUCAGAUCUGGCAAAUAUAAAAAGCCUGUAAGCUAAUCUAUGUUUGAUUGCAGGCGCUGGGCACUGGGGCUGAGCACAGGAGCCCUGCUGUGCCACGUUCCUUCUCCAUGAACCCUGCAGCAAAGGACAGGGAGCAGAGAAGACAGAGCCAGGCACAUCUCCAAGAUGCACGGUGCAAGGAGCAGCAGCAGGCAGGAGUUAAUACAAGGGAUGUGCAGGUUAGGUGUAAUGGAGAAGCUUCUGUGCCCUGAGCACAGCCAAACACUGAAUGGGGAUACCCCCCCUGCCUGAAGGUGGGAGCUGGGGGUCCCUGUCCCUGUGCUGUGCUACGUGAAGCGAGGGGCAGAGGCUCCAACCCUGCCCAUGCAUGACCAUUGUAUUUUCAUUUGCCAGUGAUAGACCUGUGACAUAGCAUCUUGUCUGCAGCAUCUGUGGAGAGGCCGGCUGCUUGCCCUGAGUGCAGCAGCCUGUGUUCCUUGGACUAAGCCAAGCUAUAUUUCUGUUAGGGUUGUAUUUUAUUUUGAAGAAUUAUCGUGUAACAAACAGGCAGCUGUAACAGGCUGCCUAGUUCGUAUCAGUUAAGCUUUUGAAACAUAUUCAGGUAUCAUUUAAAUACUGCUGUGUAACUCCUCGUUUAACCUGACAUACUCUGAGUUAAUCGUGUUUCUGCAGUUGUCUACGUCAGUACUUUAAAACAAAGCAGUGUAUUUUUUUUUUUUUUUGCAGACUGUCAGUUAUGUUAAGCUUCCAAUUUUAUGUAGGUUUUCUACUUAACCCCCCUCAGUUUUACAGUUAAAUGUCUUCAUUAUUUUUAUUAUUAAUUGAGUGAAGCUUAUUUAUUUAAACCUUCCUGUUACAUUUGCAGUCAGACCCAGUACCAUUGGCCACGGCCCACGAAACUGUGAAACUAAUUAUAAAGUAAGAGUGAAGCUAGAUUGGUGAAUUACUCGUGGUUAUAAAAUACAGUGAGUAGCAGCAUCAGAAUAGGAUUAAAACUGCUGGGGCUGGGGGAGGAAUCAUGCAAGUACAGCUGGGAAACCUCUCUGGGAACAUCACCUGAAGAUGUUCCUGCACCAGUUCCCCACUUGCCCAAGUUGAGGAGCUGUCCUGAGACAGAGAGUUUUGUCUGGGGUCUGUGUGCUAGUCGGUGUGUUGCAGGCAUUGGUUUGAUAUGGGUGCUCUGUAAUGCCAUGUCCUUAGUGCUUACACAUCUGAGGAAGCUCUGGAUUACUGUGAAGCUUUUAUUUAACUCUCCAUUGCAUGGGAGGUGAUAUCUGAACAACCGUUGGUUUGACAGAGGUGAGGGCUGAGGCAGCAGCUGUGUGACACUAACAGAACGGGACGGUGCAAUUUUCUGAAGGACAGCUCUGCUUUUGGCCCAGCUUGUGCCUGGGGAGCAGUGGAGCUGCUGUUUGUUUGGCCCCUGGCAUAAGGCAAACACCUCUUGGCUCCCCGAAUUUCAUGCCUGGGGAAGAAGCUCUGUUGGCAAAGGGCAAGUGCCAGAGAGAUAAUUGAAAGUGCAAGGGAAUGCUGUCAUUAAAUAACACGUGCUUCUUGUGUACGUAGAACUGCUGCUGGUUAGGAUAGACUGAGGAGCAAGAGGGAUCCUCUGUGAUGGAAACUGAGGAUGAGAACCACGCACAGCUCCCUGCUCCUGUGGUCACUUCUCCACUGCCUGUAACACGAGAUGAAGCCCAUUUGUUGCCCAAGGUGCUCUCUGCCCCCACCUUCCCCCAGCAUCACCCCCCUCUUUCCUGUACAACACUGUGAACGACACCAGUCACUCUUUUAAUGCUCCCAUCCAGCUUGCUGAGAGCACAAAGUGCUGCCCUACGCGGUGAUGCUGGGGGAGAUGGGCUGAGAGCUCUGUGCUGCACACACACAGGGACAGCUUUGUGUAGCAAUUUGCUAAUCACGCCUGAUUUCCUAAUGAACUCAACUGACAAUCAAUUUCUAAAAUAUAAGAGCUUCUUAGAGGGAAUAGUCGAGGAUGUCUUCACUGGGAAGAUUUAACUGGGAUAACUUUAUAAAGAGCACAGGAGCUUUUCUGUUUCUGAGCAAUCACUCCAGAAGGUGGGUUGCAUUAAGCAGCAGAGUCCCAGGACAGUAACUACCUCUCUCUCUCUCUCAGAGUGCUGAGGUCGCCACGCUAUGUGCUGUCAGCAAAGCGUUUGCUUCACAUUUGUUUUCCUUACCUCCGUGUGGCAGCAGCACAAGGUGGCUCUAGAGUAGGGAAAUGGCACUGGGGAGCACCUGCAGUGCCAGCAGCUCUCUGUGAGCCCCGUGGAUCUGUAUGUCACAGCGAGGCUCCCAGGGCUACUUGCCCUGCACUGGGAGGGAGUGAGGGCGUGAGGGUGAGGGGGACCCACCUCCCUCCCACCCCAAGGGAGCAGGCAGCAGCAAAAAGCAAUAAACUUCAAUAACAAUAACACUUUUAUACAUCGGUCAUUACUCAGCAGAUGUGACUCCCUAGUUUUAUGUCUUGUACAAACGUACAGGGAGCAGAUCUAGCAUGUGAAAAGGUGCCAUUUUUUUUUUUUUUUUUUUUAAUUAAACAGAGUCCCUUUCCAAACUAGAACAGCACUUUAAAAUAGGUUCCUCUUUAAGAAAAAAAAAAAAAGGAAAAAAAAAAAGGAAAAAAAAAA